UAAAAACUUACCAGGUGAUUCUUAUGUGCAUUGAGAAUAGAGAGGCACUGGUUUAGAAGCAAAAGAAGGUAGAGUAUAUCAGCAAAGGAAACAAAGAUAAUGUGGUCAGUGAAGUAGCAAAUGGGAGAGAGAGCUGCAUUACAGGUUUUAGCCUAAGAAAAUGUUUCAAGAAAGAGAGUAUCUAGUUACUAGUCAGAUACUGCCCAGAACAGAGCCUUGGCUGGUGUACGUUAUAUAGCAACGAGGAGGUCACUGCUGGACACACAGACUUGUUGGAGAGGAAGAAGGCAGAAACGUCUAUUGUCAACAUUUCUGCUCACUGUUUUGGAGGAGAUCUUAGUAAGGCUCAUUUGGACUAGAGAUCCUGGUUCCAGCCAUGAUGUGAUGGGGCCUUCCACCAGGAGAUGCAGAUGCAUUUUGUAGGAGUAUUCUGAGGAUGAAUGUUUGCAAAUCAUUCUGAAAUUGCCAAGUGCCACAUACAUGGGAUGCAUCCUGCUUUUAUCCGGGAGUUCACCUCUGUGGCUUGGAUUUGUCACAGCCGUGUCUGUCUUUGAUCUCUGUGUUAACUAGAAAUCAAGGGAAGACAUGAGGAGGUUUGUGUACUGCAAGGUGGUUCUAGCCACUUCACUGAUGUGGGUUCUCGUUGAUGUCUUCUUACUCCUGUACUUCAGUGAAUGUAACAAAUGUGAUGACAAGAAGGAGAGGUCCCUGCUACCUGCACUCAGGGCUGUUAUUUCAAGAAACCAAGAAGGGCCAGGAGAAAUGGGAAAGGCUGUGCUGAUUCCUAAAGAUGACCAGGAGAAAAUGAAAGAAUUGUUUAAAAUCAAUCAGUUUAACCUUAUGGCCAGUGAUUUGAUUGCCCUUAACAGAAGUCUGCCGGAUGUAAGAUUAGAAGGAUGCAAGACAAAGGUCUACCCUGAUGAACUUCCAAACACAAGUGUAGUGAUUGUAUUUCAUAACGAAGCUUGGAGCACUCUCCUCAGAACUGUUUACAGUGUUAUAAAUCGGUCCCCACACUAUCUGCUCUCUGAGGUCAUCUUGGUAGAUGAUGCCAGUGAAAGAGAUUUUCUCAAGUUAACAUUAGAGAAUUACGUGAAAAAUUUAGAAGUGCCAGUAAAAAUUAUUAGAAUGGAAGAGCGCUCUGGGUUAAUACGAGCCCGCCUUCGAGGAGCAGCUGCUUCAAAAGGACAAGUCAUAACUUUCCUGGAUGCACACUGCGAAUGCACAUUAGGAUGGCUAGAGCCCUUGCUGGCAAGAAUAAAGGAGGACAGGAAGACAGUUGUAUGCCCCAUCAUUGAUGUGAUUAGUGAUGACACCUUUGAAUACAUGGCUGGGUCAGACAUGACUUAUGGGGGUUUUAACUGGAAACUGAAUUUCCGUUGGUAUCCUGUUCCCCAAAGAGAAAUGGAUAGAAGGAAAGGAGACAGAACAUUACCUGUCAGGACCCCAACUAUGGCUGGUGGCCUAUUUUCUAUUGACAGAAACUACUUUGAAGAGAUAGGAACUUACGAUGCAGGAAUGGAUAUCUGGGGUGGAGAGAAUCUUGAAAUGUCUUUUAGGAUUUGGCAGUGUGGAGGCUCAUUGGAGAUUGUGACUUGUUCCCACGUUGGUCACGUUUUUCGGAAGGCAACUCCCUACACAUUCCCUGGUGGCACUGGUCAUGUCAUCAACAAGAACAACAGGAGACUGGCAGAAGUUUGGAUGGAUGAAUUUAAAGAUUUCUUCUAUAUCAUAUCCCCAGGUGUUGUCAAAGUGGAUUACGGAGAUGUGUCAGUCAGAAAAACACUAAGAGAAAAUCUGAAGUGUAAGCCCUUUUCUUGGUACCUUGAAAACAUCUAUCCGGACUCCCAGAUCCCAAGACGUUAUUACUCACUUGGAGAGAUAAGAAAUGUUGAAACAAAUCAAUGUUUAGACAACAUGGGCCGCAAGGAAAAUGAAAAAGUGGGUAUAUUCAACUGUCACGGUAUGGGAGGAAAUCAGGUAUUUUCUUAUACUGCUGACAAAGAAAUCCGAACCGAUGACUUGUGCUUAGAUGUUUCUAGACUCAAUGGACCUGUAAUCAUGUUAAAAUGCCACCAUAUGAGAGGAAAUCAGUUAUGGGAGUAUGAUGCUGAGAAAGCAGGUAAAUGGGAAUAUAAUUUCAAGACCCACACUCUUCUUCACAUAAUCACCCAGUCCUGUCUCUCAGUAAGCAAAGUAGCUGAUGGCUCCCAACAGCCCGCUGUGGAAAUAUGUAAUGAUAGCCCUUUGCAAAAAUGGCUUCUAAGAAACUAUACAAGAAUGGAAAUUUUUAGAAAUAUUUUUAAGAAUUCUACUGAUUACUUUCUCAAAUAAUUUUGGAGAGACUCACCUUGAGACAUGUUAACAGUAAUCAAUGUCUAGAUGAACCUUCUGAAGAAGACAAAAUGGUGCCUACCAUGCAGGACUGUAGUGGAACCAGAUCUCAACAAUGGCUGCUAAGGAACAUGACUCUGGG